UUCCCGCUAGGCUGGAGGAAGGCUUCUGACCGGGCUGGAGGCAGGCUCCCGGGUAGGCUGGAAGGCAGGCUCCCGGGUAGGCUGGAAGGCAGGCUCCCGGGUAGGCUGGAAGGCAGGCUCCCCGUUGGGCUGGAAGGCAGGCUCCCGGGUAGGCUGGACCGCAGGCUCCCAGUUGGGCUGGACCGCAGGCUCCCGGGUAGGCUGGAAGGAAUGCUCUCGGGUAGGCUGGACCGCAGGCUCCCAGUUGGGCUGGACCGCAGGCUCCCAGCUGGGCUGGUGGUCGACAGGCUCCUGGCUAGGCUGGAAGGCAGGCUCCCGGGUAGGCUGGACCGCAGGCUCCCAGUUGGGCUGGACCGACAGGCUCCUGGCUAGGCUGGAAGGCAGGCUCCCG